CGACGCCAACAGAACCAAGUCAAACUUCAUCGCCGCGGCGUCGCGAUGGAGCACACGACGGUUUGCGUGAACAAGUACACUCUCCAGUUCGAAGAUGUGAAUCUGGAAGCGUCCUUUCAAGCCUUCAGCCAUACCCGCAAGAAGACACUGUGGCUACGGUCGCUCAUUCCCGCUGCAAUCAGCCAUGUCGUGUUUGCGUGGGGCGAUAGCCUCGAGCACGAUUCGUCUCAUCUUCAGGUCACACUUCCUGCGCGACUAUUUCUCAUCGUCAUGCAAUGCUCUACGUACUUUCUUGUGAAAUGGGACCUCGUUUGCGCCGACGAGAAACUCAUGUUCGCGCUCGCGCUUUGCCAUGGCAUCCCAACACUGCUCCUUUUCACAUUACAACACACCGUGCUCCAUCAAUGGGACGCUCUAUUCGUCGUCUUUGGGCUAUCCUUCUACACGAUACCAAAGGUGACGCCUCUAGGAUUUGUCCAUUCGAUGCUGGGCAGCGCGAUCACAGUCGUCAUCUACUUUGCGAUUGCGGUGUUCUGUCGUCCACCGCCAAACAAGGUCGAAGUCGUCCUGUCGUUUCUGUACUGCGCUCCCGUGAUUUGGAUUUUCAAUACCAUCUCAUACUACUCCGAGUACAGCUCACGCGAACGCUUCAUCCUACGUCAGCGACUCUCGACGGAACGCAUCUCCCUCGCUGUGUCGCGAACACUCAACCCCACCCCGGCAACGUCGUCCUCGUUGGCCUCAACUAGCACAGCAAGACAGCCGCCGGACGUGAGUGGCACGACGCUGUUCCUGGGCGUGCUGCUCUGGGGCGUUUUCACGCUUGGCAGCUUUGCUUCAUUCCCGGAAACGUUUAAAUUUGUCGACGAAGAAACAGGAUGGGCUUGGUUUAGUCACAUCGCGGGCGUCACCGUCUUUCUCCUCGUCAUAACGCGCCGGCUGACGCUGCUCAUGGUCGUGCCGCUGGUUGGAGCAGUUGUGCUGUGGCUCAUGUCGCUCGUGCUGUCGUCGCAAUGGAUCAUUUUUUCUGCCCACAGUGUCGGGUAUACGCUGUUGGUAGCGUCGGCAAUCUUGACGUUUGGCGUCUUCUCGACGUUCCUGCAGGCGUGGCAUCAGCUCGUCGCAUUUCUCCAUCGCACGUGCUUUUUGUAUCCGCAGCUCCAGGACGGACUCACACAGGACUUUCCCCUUCUGGACAAGAUCGUUUCCGAGUACCAAGCUGGAUUCGACCCGCACGUUCUCGCGGAACGCCAGACAUGCCAAGACAAGCUCCUAUCCGACGGCAUGGACACUCUGACGCUUGCAGGCGGCGAGACCGACGACACACACGCCUCCAACACCAUCGUAUCGGUUCUACCGUCCUUCAAACACGGGAAAUGCUUCUUUUGCAACAAAAAUGCCAUCGUCCAUUACGUGCCAACAUGCGGCCUGUGGGGCAAGUGGAUGCAUUGGCGCAUGGAUGCCAACCAUAUCGUCGCGCAGCGCGGCGCGACAUCCAGUGAAAAGAUCGGCGGGUUGAAGCCAACAGUGACCAUGUGCACGUCGUACUGCGACCUCCAGUCCAAGAACCGCCAUCUCCAAGAGCAGAUGCGGACGUUAACGGGGUCCGUCGCUUCGCUCAAGCACCAGAUCAAACUCAUCAAGGAGCACGAAAGUCGAUGUCUUACCACGACUGUUCAACUGCAGCGGGCGAUGCGUGAGAUCGCCGACAAGCACAAGCACGAGAUGGAGGUCGCGGCCAAGGUCCACGAUGCCAAGUUGCAGGCUGCGCUCAAGGAUUCGAACGCGGCACUGGUGGCACUGACUCAACAACGCGACCAGCAACGCCACCACGUGCAGCAACUCGAGGCGGCACUCGACAAAGAAACGAGGACGCGACUCGAUGCCGACGCCGUGCACGCCCACCUCGUGCAACGGAUCGAAAGCCAGAACUCACGUUUGGCACAGUUGGAGGUUGACAUUUUCUCACGCAAAGGUGGCUGACGGACGGUAGAUGGAGCUACAAACGGAGCGACGGAAUGCCGCCAACGCUCGGAUGUCCCCAACCAGCAUGCACCUCAGCCCAGACAUGUCGCCACUGGCCCUGCCGCGGCACUCGACCAAACUGACGGUCGAACACUCGCGUCGACGCAUGCCGUACGCUCGCGCGUUGGAGAUCGAAGGUCUGCGUGAAUCUGCUGGUAAAUCCAACUAACCCAACUCGGAUGUGGCUUGCUUCGCCGGUGCAGCAGGCAAUCAUUAAUGCAAUCUUCUUGUAAUGGCUGCACCAACUCGAAGUGUCGGCGCCGUGCGCGCGGCCAUGUAGCUGGCCAUACACGUCUGUCGUUCCCAAACUAUGGCUGCUUCAACACAGCUCUUGUGACUACUUCACUGACUGGACCUUUCCCACACCACAUAAACUUAUCGAGCAAGCCACCCACAUCCUCCCCGUCGACGACAUCGUAUUCCUACCGCCUUGCUUGACGUGAACGUCGCCUUCGCCAUAUCGCACUCUUCAUCUGGCACGAUUCGGCCUGUUGUGAAAAAGCAAAUCUGCAUGAAAUAGGCGCUUCUUCCAUCUCAGUGGUCGAUUUUGAGAGCGCCUUGGUGUCAUUACAGAUUUUCAGUGCCGACGACGACUUUGUCCAAGUACCCGCCCUCUUGG